UAAAAGAUUCUGUAUUUGUUUUUUUGUUUUUGGUGUCUCGAUCAGAUUUGCAGGAUAGAUUUGGUCAGUCAUGUACUCUCUGUUAAUCCAUGGAAGAAAGUCUCUUUUGAGAGGUUCAAUGCAAAAACAUGUAUUCUCUGCUUUUCCCAGAACGUUCUCCUCCGUAAGUGAUGGUCAAAAAUGGAGGAGGAAUUUGCCAGUCGUCGCUUACGAGGGUCUAACUCUAAAACAGGCAGAAAGGUUAACGAGGUUAGUCUACUCCAAGCAAGAUGCAAUUCUGAUUCUUCUUAGACGUCAUGGGUUCACAGAUUCUCAGUUCGGCGACAUGGUUGUGAGUUACCCACCAUUGUUUGACUUAGAUGCUCGCAAGUCCAUUGCUCCCAAGCUUAAGUUUCUGCGGUCUAGAGGAGCUACAAGUGUUGAACUCUCUGAGAUCCUACCGAAAAUUCCUAAAAUCUUGGGAAUGGAAGGGACUAAAACUGCCGGCUUAUACUAUCAUGUCUUCAAAUACAUGACAACCGCAGAUAAGAGUGGAAAUUUAGCUCCUUCUUUGCCAAAAGGUGGUAUGGAGGGGAAUGUCAUGAGAAAUGUAUGGGCUUUGAGAGAACUUGGUGUGCCUCAGAAUCUCUUGUUAUCCUUGCUUACAUCUGAUAACAAACUUGUCUUUGGGAAAAGAAGAAGAUUUGAAGAAACCGUGAACAAGGUUGUUGGUAAGGGUCUUGAUCCCACGAAGCCAAAGUUUGUCGAGGCUCUAAAAGUUAUUUACAAAAUGAGUGACAAAACAGAAGAAGAAGAAGAAAAGAUCAAUAUCUAUAAGAGGUUAGGCUUUGCUGUUGGGGAUGUAUGGUCUCUUUUCAAGAAGUUUCCAAGGAUUCUGGGACUCUCGGAGAAGAACAUAUCAAACUCCGCUGAAACCUUUCUAAGCCUAGGAUUCAGCAGAGAUGAGUUCAAGAUGAUGAUAAAACGACAUCCUCCAUGCAUUGCAUAUUCUGCAGAGUCGGUGAAGAAGAAGGCUGACUUUCUGAUGAAGGAGAUGAAAUGGUCUUUGUGCCCUAAGAUGCUGUCUUACAGCAUGGAGGAGAGGAUUCUACCAAGGUGUAACGUAAUUAAAGCUUUGAUGUCGAAAGGAUUAAUUGGAAGUGAAUUCCCCUCUGCAGCCACUGUGUUGAUAUGCACAAAUGAGAAUUUCUUGAAGAAGUUUGUGAGAAAACACGAAGACAAGGAGCUUGUGGCUGAGUUGAUGGCUCUUUUCACCGCCCGUGGUGAUCUUGCUUCUUGUGUUAAAUCAAUGGUGGCGGAGGAAGAAGAAAUACUAGAGCUUCAAGCUAAAGUGACAAGCAAGGAAAACAGGAAAUAGUCUAAUUUUGUUAUAGAAUGGUCCACAUUAAAUCUUCUUAAAUAUUCAUUGGGUUUGUGUUUUGUAUAGAAGUUCAAUAAUCAGUCAGAUUUUUC